CUGCAUUGCAGGCAGAUUCUUUACCAGCUAAACUACCAGGGAAGCCGCUUCAACUGUUUAGUAGCUCUUUCUAGCCAUGAUAAUAGUUUAUUAAUAGUAAAAUGUAGUGCUUCUGGGAUGAGGGUAAGAACCCUCAGGGAUGGUGUCUUGGACUGGUCUGAUUCAGGCCUACCGGUUUAGAGGAAACAGCCAUUGGUUCAUUCAAGAAGUAUUUAUUUGGUACUCGGGUACCAGGCACUGUUCUGGGGUGAAAGUGAAACAUGGGCUGUUACCUCUUGUAGCUAAAUUGUUUGACUUUUAACGAAUCCCUUUCACUCUCUGGGCCUCAAAUCCUUCACCUACUCGGAGAGAUGUGCGUUCACCGUGAACCUAGACUGUUUAGAUUCAAAUUCCAGCAUCACUUCUUUGGUGUUAUGUGACCACAGGCAAGUUAACUCCAUCCCCCUGAGCUACGCGUUCCUCAUCUGAAAAAUGGGGAUAAUAUGACUCCUUUCACUGGGUUGUAGUGAGAGUGAAAUUAAGCUAACGAAAUCACUGGGCUUCAGUGCGCCCAAUCAAGAGUGGUCACUAGCGUUAAUCCCUGCUGAUUUCAUUAGCCGCAGACCCACUAAGCAACCACACACAGGUGUUAUUUAGGGCGUGGCUAACAGCGCAAGGGACCGGCCCGGAUUUAUAGAACCAGGGUCCGGCGCUACGGUCUACAUUCCGCCUCGGCUGGACAUCGGAGCGUGGUCUUUUCGGGCCUGGGCUCCGCGCCCCCGAGGACCAGAAGCGGGGCUGCCCAGCGGCGACCAGUGCGGAGCACCCGGCGCGCCGAGACUAAGCGGCCCCCCGGCUCCCGGAGCGCUCGGGCCCCCAGGGGCGCGCAGAAGAGCCGGGCUCCCGGCCGCGGGGGCGGGGCCUGCGGCCGAGCGGCAGCCCCGACGCACCCCGCCCUCCCCGCCCCCCGACUUCGCCGAGGCCCGGAAGGGACCGGCCGCGCUUCCGUCUCCGCCGGGGAUGCACGGAGGGCGGAGCCGCAGCCCGAGGACGCGACGCGAGCCCAGUUCCGGCGAGGAGGCCGCGCCAGUGACAGCGAUGGCGGCGGAGUCGGCGCUGCAAGUUGUGGAGAAGCUGCAGGCGCGCCUGGCCACGAACGCAGACCCGAAGAAGCUAUUGAAAUAUUUGAAGAAACUCUCUGCCCUGCCCAUUACCGUAGACAUUCUUGCGGAGACUGGAGUUGGGAAAACUGUGAACAGCUUGCGAAAACACGAGCACGUCGGAAACUUUGCCAGGGACCUAGUGGCCCAGUGGAAGAAGCUGGUUCCUGUAGAACGAGCCACAGAGCCUGAGGAACAGAACUUUGAGAAGAGCAGUUCUCGGAAGCGCCCCAGGGAUGCCCUGAGGGAGGAGGCAGAGAUAGAGGGGGACUACCCGGAAAGCUGGAAAGCCUCCAGCAGCCAGUCGUAUAGUCCUGAUAAUAGACAGAAAAAGCACAGAAAACUCCCAGAGCUCGAGCGGCCUCACAAAGUCUCUCACAGUCAUGGGAGGAGAGAUGAAAGAAAGAGGUACCACAGAGCUUCUCCAGUUUACUCUUCAGACCAUGAGUCUUCCGAUUACGGCCAUGUUCAGUCCCCUCCACCAUCCACCAGCCCUCAUCACAUGUCUUUGGACCAUUACAGAUCCCUGGAGGAGGACCAUGAGCCCUUUGUUCCCCACCAGAAGCCUGGCAAAGGCCAUGGUAACACCUUUCAGGACAGACUGGGGGUCAGUCAAGAACGACACGUGGGGGAAGCCCAGGGCAGAGAAAGCGCGAGUCAGAGCAAGGAGCACAGAUCUUCCCAUAAAGAAAGACGUCCGGCGGAUGCCAAAGGAGACGAGAAGGCUUCUCUGAGCAAAGAAAAGUCGCACAAGGUCGUCUCCAAAGAGGAAAACCGGAGGCCGACCUCUGGGGACAGCACAAAGGAGAAACUGCCCUCUGGUGUCAGGAAAGAGAAAGAGAAGGAGAAGGAGGGCAGUGCCAAGAAGAAGGUCUUACCCGCCUUGGAGGUGGCUUCAGACAACCACCUUAAAAAGCCAAGACCUAGAGACUCCGAGAAAACCAAAUCAGACAAAAACAAGCAGAGUCUAGAAAACUCGGAUGUGGGCAAGGGGGCAGGAGACCUGUUGCCCAAGGCAAAAGAGAAGGUUUCUAACAACCUGAAGACUCAAGAAGGGAAAGUCAAACCUUCGCAUUCAGACAGAAAGUCGGUGGCUUCCUUCCCUAAAGGUGAGGAGGCAGAUACGGAUGAUGAAUUUGAGAAGCCCACCAUGUCUUUUGAGUCAUACCUCAGCUAUGACCAGCCCCGGAAGAAAAAGAAAAAGGUUGUAAAAACUUCAACCACGACUCCUGGAGAAAAGGGACUUAAAAAAAAUGAUUCAAAAAGCACUAGUAAAAACUUGGACUCAGUUCAGAAAUUACCUAAGGUGAAUGAAAACAAGCCCGAGAAGCUUCCGCCAGUUGGAGCCGACUCAGCCAAGCUGAAAAAGGUCCCCAGCGAUGUGUUGCCAGUAUUACCUGACCUCCCAUUACCUGUGAUCCAGGCCAAUUACCGUCCACUUCCUUCCCCUGAUUUGAUGUCAUCCUUCCAACCAAAGCGAAAAGCACUCUCCUCACCCCAGGAAGAGGAAGAAGCUGGAUUCACCGGAAGGAGAAUGAAUUCUAAGAUGCAGGUCUAUUCCGGUUCCAAGUGUGCCUAUCUGCCCAAAAUGAUGACCUUGCACGAGCAGUGCAUCCGGGUGCUUAAAAACAACAUUGACUCGAUCUUUGAAGUGGGAGGCGUCCCAUAUUCUGUCCUUGAACCUGUUCUGGAGAGGUGUACACCUGAUCAGUUGUAUCGAAUAGAAGAGUACAAUCACGUAUUAAUUGAAGAAACGGAUCAAUUAUGGAAAGUUCACUGUCACCGAGACUUUAAGGAUGAAAGGCCGGAAGAGUAUGAGUCAUGGCGGGAGAUGUACCUGCGGCUUCAGGAUGCGCGAGAGCAGCGGCUGCGAGUCCUCACAAAGAACAUCCGGUCCGCACACGCCAAUAAGCCCAAAGGCCGACAAGCAAAAAUGGCCUUUGUCAACUCUGUGGCCAAGCCACCUCGUGAUGUUCGAAGGAGGCAGGAGAAAUUUGGAACAGGAGGAGCAGCUGUGCCUGAAAAAAUCAGGAUCAAGCCAGCGCCGUACCCCACAGGAAGCAGCCGGGCUUCCUUCAGCAGUGGCAGCAGCAACAGCUUUACCGCCAGCCCCGAGGAGCCGGCCUACGAUGGCCCGAGCACCAGUGGCGCCCACCCAGCCCCGGUGGUCAGCAGCACUGUUUCCUAUGAUCCUAGGAAACCGGCCGUGAAGAAAAUUGCCCCAAUGAUGGCCAAGACGAUUAAAGCUUUCAAGAACAGGUUCUCCCGACGAUAAACCGAGGACUUACCUUGGAAAUGAAAUCUGGGGGGAGGAAUACAGGAUGGUGGGGGCUGGGGAAUGGAACUUCCAGAGGAGACCAGAGCCUUUCACUCCGUGGAAGCUUUCAGUCCCCGAGUCCUGUGCCGUCAGCGGGCGUGCGCCUGAGCUGGUGUGCGCCUGAGCUGGUGUCCGCAGCCGCUGCCUCCUUGCCUGGCGAGUGCUUCAGAGUUCUGAAGAUGUGAAGCUUCGCUCUCACCGAGGAUUUUAAGGUCAAUUGUACCUUUGUUAUUAAUUAGCUUCUUUGUAAACUAUAAGACAUAGUUUUAAUUAAUAAAUAUUGCCCCCAGAUUGUAUUUAUAUUACCUCCCCCCUGCCCCCAAGUUUUCUGUUCUGUUUUGGUCCUGUCCCACACACUUAGCUUUUUAUUUUUAGGGUUCUUUGUUAGAAGCCUAGUGGAGGUCUUUCUCCUGUCCCGGUUCGUCUCUCUUGAGCGGACUCUGGUCCAGAGAGAGGACUGGGUGUCCCCGGAGCCUGUGUGGGGCACACUGCGCUGCGAGCUGCCUGUGCUGGAAGGGGAGCCCUGGCCUGGAGACCGGUGUGUUCCGGGCGCCCCCCCCCACCCAGGGAACCUGUCUCAGUGUCGCGCUGCGGUCCUGCACAGGUGCAUCUCUUCCCUGCUCGUCACAUAGUGUUUAUUAAGGGUCGUUCUGGAGUCUCCCCCACCAUUCUUUUUGCCAGGUCCCGCUUCUUUUGAGGCUUAACUUGACACAGAACCCCAGUAUUUUUACAGUUUCCAGUUUCUAAUCCAGAAAUUUAGGCUCCCUUUUUCUCCCUUAUUUUUCCCUCUCCCCACUGGCAUGGGGCAAAACACAAACCCCUGGCAGGGCUUUUGUAGGCCCCCAAAUACAACUUAAAAGAGUUUUUUAAAAACCAGCACUUUAAUCUCUUACUCCCUGUGAAUUGCUGAAUGGUUUUAAAAAGUAAUGCUGUGUUGGAAAUUGGUUUUGUUUUUGCCUUUCUUUAAGAUCAUGUGAUUGAAAGAGCACAAUUUGCUAUGUUUUGUAGAGAACUUUGCAGCUUGAAACUCUCUCUACCUUUUGAGUCUUUAAGCCAGAAUUUGGAGGAAAGGACCAGUUUAAGGAAAGGGUCUGAGCCCCAGGGGCAUCCACACGUUUGGAAGGGAGAAUCUCACUUUGGAGUUGACAUAGGAGGAAAGAUUAGAACUAGGAGGACAGGUCAGUGUUCUUGGCUGUUGAAGGGCAGUGGCCUAGUAGGAACCCCCUUGGUCAUGACGCUGGUAGAAGUAGAUACUAUGAAUUGGAGAUGCCCGUCCUUUAGAAAUCUGAGAAGCAGAUUGAGGGUGUGGUUAGUGUGGCAGCCCAUGGAGCUUGGCAGUUGCUAGUCCCUUUGACAAGGUCACUCAAAGCUCACGGUAUGGAACCUACUGUUUUAACCAUCCUGUAGACCUCAGGCUAAUUCUGAAGAUUGCAGAGCAACGCAGCAAGAAGUCUGUGCAGCGAACGCUGCAUCGUUCAGUGUGCAUUGCUGUGCAAGGUGCCUGAGGGACGCUAGUAUUGCUGUGUUUUAAUUUGCUGUAUUUUUGAACUGGGUAAAAGCAUUCUUUCUCUUGAUCAUAUGUAUUACCAUUCCACCAGUCCCCCGGGCCGCUCCCCAAAUGUGAUACUAGGAAGCCUCUUCUCUAAACCACACAAGCACCUGGGUCAGGUGCCAGACGUCUGUUGCCUGGGACAGCUUCCUCUCGGUGUCCACACCUUGAAUUUGUCUCUUUACCUGUGUGUUGAAGUCUCUGCCACUGAAACGCGUUUUCCAUAUUUGAUUCAGUUGUGUGUGAUUUAAUUUCCUUCAUUAGGAGUCUUUGAGCAGGGAGGGAAUAAAAGACACACCCCAACAUCACUCCCCAUCUUUGGAUCACCCAUUUACCCAGAGCCAGAUCUUCCUCCCGCCCCCUCUAAGAGUGUCUGCAUCAGGGAUAUGACUUGGUGGGAAGAGUGAGGGAAGAGGAGAAACCGAGUUUCCAAACGACCGCCUCUCCUGGGUUGUUGAAAUGGCUGCAGAGCAGACACACUUUGACGUUGAACCUUUGGUCUCAUUUGUGAAAACUUGUGCAAUUCCUUUUUUCUGUGCUACACUACACACAAAUCACCAAAUUGCAAAUUAUCCCAUUGUGAUCCUUGGUGUAAUGAACAGUUUCUUUGGGGCUUUUUCUUUCCGGGAAAUGGGAGGGAAAGGAGCAAGGUAUUAUCUUGCUCUUCAUUUGUAUUUUGGUCCCAAAAUGUAAAUACAAUUUUCUAUGUUACUUUUUUGUGGUAACUACCAAGAUGAAUAUUUUAAUUAGAUAAGUUAUAUGAAAAGAAAGGAAAAUUCCAUGUCUAAAUAAAAAAAAAAAACCAACACAA